CCUCUGGUGGCCAGAUUUUGUCUUCAGCUGAUGAUUUGUCAUUGGAAAGUGACAACAGCUUUCUUGAACUGUCCAUUGGGUAUCAAGAAAUCCAUUCGGACAUGGUUGUCAUGCAAGAGCAACUACGUGUUGUUCGUCAAGAACGGAACUAGUAUUUGCAACAAAGAAACAAUCUUAUUGAUCAGCAAAAUCAAUCAAUGCAGGAUUGUGUAAUUGAAAAAGCUAAACCUGCAACGUCUGCUGAACAACAAGCUAGGCCAUCAAAAAGUGGUUAUAGAAGAAAUCAUGUUGACGUGCCCAGCAGCAGUGAAGAAACAUUGUUGUCUAAUGGAAAAUUGUAUACCAUCACACUUUGUGGUGUCCCUGAUCUGUUGAAAACACCGGAGCCUCAAGAACUUGGAGCUUUGGCCCUUAUAGGACUGGGUCAGAAGAAGGAUAUCAGCAUUCCUGAUGGUAACGGUGAAUGUAUAUACACAUUUUUAGCAAGACUGUUCAAGCCUCUUUUAACGUAUUUUAGUAUCGAAAAUGCGUAUUUAUCAGUAUGCAGUCCUAAACCAGGCAGUGGUGGCGGCCUCAAGCAAAAACUGUUUAUUUUUGAUCCCCUUUCUGGACCAAAUUCUGAAGAAUUCAAGGCGGUUGAAAAGAAAAUAUUUUUGGUACCAUUUAACGCCAACUUCGAUUACGUUCCCCCAAAGCCGCCGACCGUUAAAUGUAAUGUUUGCGAAGAAUUGGUUGACCCAAUGGUUAUGGCCUUGCAUAAAGCAAGUUGCGGUACGGGUGCAAAUGGCAGUGAUUUCUACUUCUACGAAGAAGAGGAGUAGUUUGUUCUAAUAUCCCAAAGGGCACAAUUAUGGAUGUAAAUCAAAAACUCCUUUCCAAGGGUUUUCCAAUGCACCCGUAAAUAUUGUUUUGUUUUCGUUCGCCAAAUCGAAAGAAAAUUCAGAACAUCACAAGUCCAUGUGUGAGUUUUUAAUCUUACAAAUACAGAUCUGUGAUGUAACGUGA